UUUCAUAAGCACAGUGUGCAUGCUACUCAAGCUCCAAGGUACACUAAUUAAGGAUUAUGAAUAUGGAUGGCAAGCUCGUGUCUACCUGGUACAAUCUUCACUCUUCUGUGCCAGAAUCUUAUGUGCAACCAGCAGAAAGACAACCUUGCAAUGCUGUUUUGUCCACUAUUAAGACAAUUCCAGUGAUUGAUCUUGGAGGACAUGAUCGUGAUGAUAUCAUAAGAAACAUCGUUAAGUCCUCCGAGGAAUAUGGAUUUUUUCAGGUUGUGAAUCAUGGAGUUGCUAAGGAAUUAAUGGAUGAUACAUUAAGAAUUUUCAAAGAAUUUCAUGCCAUGCCUGCCAAUGAAAAGUUAAUUGAAAGUUCAAAAGAUCCAAAUGGAAGCUGUAAACUCUAUACAAGCAGUGGAAGGAAUUGUGCAGAUGUGGCUAAGUAUUGGAAGGAUUCAUUGAGACACCCUUGUCCACCUUCUGGAGAAUUUACUGAAUAUUGGCCUGAGAAACCAGAGGGAUACCGUGAAAUUGUUGGAAAAUAUACACAAGAACUAAGAGCACUAGGGCUGAGAAUUUUGGAUCUGAUUUCUGAAGGGUUGGGACUAAGCCCUAAUUACUUCUCUGAAGAACUAAGUGCUAAUCCAGUACUUAUAUCUCAUAACUACCCUCCUUGUCCAGAACCAAGUUUAACAUUGGGAGCAUCAAGCCACAAAGAUCCAAACAUUCUAACCAUUCUUUUUCAAGAACCAAAUAUCACUGCACUUCAAGUCUUGAAAGAUGGGGCAUGGAUUCCUGUUGAGCCAAUUCCUAAUGCUUUUGUUGUUAAUAUGGGGCUUAUGCUUCAGAUAAUUACCAAUGGAAGGCUUAUUGGUGCUGAACACCGAGUUAUAACAAAUUCAAGCCCUAAUAGGCACACUAUUGCCUAUUUCAUUAACCCAAAAAAAGAUGCAAUCAUAGGACCUGCAAAGCCUCUUGCAAGUUCAACUUCACAAGCCAUAUAUCCAUCCAUGCCAUUUGGAGAAUUGUUGGAGAAUUUUAUGAACAAGGGUCCUUACUUUGAAGCUGAAUUCCGCUUAUAAAAAUUUAAUUUUUGUGCCUGAGGAAAUAUACAAGUAAUCAUGAAUAAGUUGUUGGACUGGUAUCCAAGCAAAUGAAUAAUUUAUCUUGUAGUUUUUGACUUUAUGAAGGUCUUAUUUAUGACCAAACAGUUAUGUGCAACCUUCCUCUCUUGGUCUUGAGUUGAAUUAAUUUGUCUUUCACUUAGAGUAAUUUUAUAUCAUAUACUGUUGGAAAAAUUAAAUAAGUGAUAGACAUUUGGUGA